CAAUCUCAUUUCUAGGCCGGGUUAGUCCCAGCAACAGCGCUGUUUACAAGAGAGCAUACGACUAUACAGCUGUACAAUCGCCAUCCAUCCUUUUAAGAAUUACACUUUUGUGGAUAUACACCAAUACCAUUCAUCUGGAAAUAUAUAACGUCAACCAAACGAUUCAGAAGGCACUAGGGAAAGACGCAACAAAAAAUUUCCAUACUCGAUGACAUUACAUCGCAAUGUCCGAUCGUUUGGGGCAAAUAACCAAGUCCAAGGAUGGGAAAAGCAAGUACUCCACACUCAGUCUAUUUGACAAGUACAAGGGAAAAUCAAUAGAAACUCAGAAAAACGCAGUUCCACGACAUGGCUUACAGAGUCUUGGCAAAGUGGCCGCAGCCCGGCGUAUGCCCCCACCCGCUCACCUGCCGAGCCUGAAGUCUGAAAACAAAGGAAACGACCCCAACGUCAUUAUUGUGCCCAAAGACGGAACAGGAUGGGCAAACAAGCAGGAACAACCGGAUCAAAAGAGUUCUAUUGCGUUAACAGCACAGCUGCCGGAGUUGCAGCCGCAGCUGGCUUCACAGAAGUCCGUUUCCAAUCUUCAGAAGGCCACGCCAGUAGCCAGCCAGGAGAGCACAAACCCAGGUGGACCGAAGCAAUGGGCCCAGCUAAAUGGAAAGGCGAAAGAGCUAGAUGGUUCAAGGGUCUUAAACCGACUUCAGCCCUUCUCUCACGAGGAAUUUCCCACGCUGAAGGCCGCUGGGGAACAGGACAAGGCUGGCAAGGAAAGAAGCGUCUUCGAUCCGUCGUAUGGGCCCGGACCAAGCCUCCGCCCGCAGAAUGUGACGAGCUGGAGGGAGGGUGGUGGCAGGAACCUGCAGCCCUCCUCGCCCCUUGGUCCGCCAGCCGACCCCGAGGGCAAGCCCCCCGCCGCGGCUGAGACCGGCGCUCCCCCGCCCCCCCCCUCCUCCUCCUCCUCCGUCCCCUCCUCCAACUCCAACUCCUCCUCCUCCAACGCCGCCGUCUCCUCCGCCAUCGCCCCCGGCAUCUCCACCUCCUCCUCCCACUCGCUGGUCCCGGCCCAGCCCGCCGUCCCCGACCCGAAGGAGAUCUCCCUGCGCCCCGCCCAGCCCCUGCGGAGGACGGUGGUCCCCACCGCCCUGCAGCACCAGCUCCACCACACCUCCAACGCCGUCUACCACGACAUGCUGCCCGCUUUCAUGUGUUCCAAAGACACGCGCGAGACCCCCGGGGCCGUCGACAUCGCACCCGUCGCCGCGGUGACGGCGCCCGCCCGAUUCGACAACAGGCCCGCCCGCCAGAACUUCACCAACGCUUCAGAGCACGUCAACGGUGACGUGCGGCGGGGGGAGACGCGCUUCGUACGAGCCCCCGCUCGCCCCUCUUCCCAGCCCAUCCGCCGGCCCGGAGAGAGACCCCCGCGGCCCGCCAUCAUCAACCCCGAGGACCUGAGGGAUCUGGACGAGCUGGACGUCAACUGUGAGGACGGCUGGGCAGGACUUCACGAAGAGGUAGACUACGGAGAGAAACUUAAAUUCAGUGACGAUGAAGAGGAACAUGGCGGCAAUAAGAAGGGCAAGAUGUGGGCCGAGUGGGAGCGCCAAAGGGCCAACCAGCGUGACCGGCAGGCCUCCGUCAGCUCCAACGACGGGGCCUACCUCCACGAAGCCGCCGAGGACAUCUACACCCAGCACCACCUCCACCACACCGAGCCCCAGAGGAAAGUCAACGGAAAAUACUCCCCCGCCGAAACCCAGGCCCCGCAGAAGAGCUCUGCUCCUGGCCCCGCCGCCGCCCCCCACCCGGCGGAGCCCCUCGAGGAACAGGACGACCACCUGCACCCCGCCCAGCCCGCCGCCGCCGCCGCCGCCCCCAGGGCCAAGUUCGUGUCCCCCGAUCUGUCGGAGGCGGUGGAACGCGCCCGGCGCCGCCGCGAGGAGGAGGAGCGGCGCGACCGCGAGGAGCGGCUGGCCGCCUGCGCCGAGAAGCUGAAGCGGCUGGACGAGAAGUUCGGCAAGACGGAGCGCCAGACCUCGCGCUCCGACGACGGCAGCAAGGACGGCGAGGGCAAGGAGCCCGCCGCCACCUCCGCCGUCGUCGCGUCCCCCAAGAGGGAGCCCAGCAAAGCCCACUCGGACAGCUGGCAGUACGCCACGAAAGAGGCCAGCGAGUGCCCCCCGGACCACUCCCCCGGCUACGAGUACCGCGAGGAGCCCUGCUUCCCGGCCUACCGCGCCAGCGAGGACGACGCACAAGAGCCCACGUCCCCGCAGAGCGACGGCAGCGCCGGGCGCCAGACCUCCAAGCCCAUCGCGCCCCGCUUCCAGAAGCAGCAGGCCACGCCCCCUCCGCCACAACAGCCGCAGCACCAACAACAACAACAGCAGCAACAGCAGCAGCAGCAACAACAACAACAACAACAACAACAGCAGCAACAACAGCAGGAGCAAGUGUACAAGAUGCAGCACUGGCAGUCGAGCCACUCGGCCAGCUCUGGCUCCAGCCACCCCCAGCGGGGCUACUACCCCUCCCACGUGCUGGGCUUCGACCCCCGCUGGAUGAUGAUGCCCCCGUUCAUGGACCCCCGCAUGGCCCCGGGCCGGUCCCCUGUGGACUACUACCCCAACUCUGUCCACUCUUCAGGAAUGAUGAAGCCCAUGCUUCAUCCAGACCACCUCAACAGUCCCGGCUCUGACGACGGCUGCCAUCCCAGCAUGCACCAGGAGAGGAGGGCUCCGUCCACCGAGCCCUACCCCAUGUGGAACCAGGACGGCUACCCCCUGCGGAGCUUCACGCCGCCCUACCAGAGACAGCACGAGAGCUCGGAGGGCGGCCGGCCAGACGACCGAGGAGACCUCGGCUGCCCCCAGCAGAGCGCUUACGAAGAGAGGGCCAACGAGUGCCUGGAGCCCCCCGCCGAGGACCUCCCUCACCAGGGCUACCACCAGAACCCCCGGGCCCCCGACCGGGGGGAGCACCAGCGUCACGACCAGGGCCUGCUCACCACGGCCCAGGGCCACGGCCAGCGCUCGGACGGCGACUACCACAAGCACGACCCCAGAGAGAAGCACUCAAAGGACGGCUCGGACCCGCGCGACGAGGCCUUCGACCAAGGCUCCAAGGACAGUUGGAGGAGAGACGGCGGCGGCCAGGCUAAGGACGGAGGCUCCGCCGGCGGCCCAGACCAGUGGGCCGACGCCGCCCCCAGCGGCGGGCCCAGCCAGCCCCCAGAGGGCGGUGGGCGCACCCUGGUCCGCAGGACCGGCCCCAUCAAGAAGCCCGUGCUGAAGGCGCUCAAGGUGGAGGACAAGGAGAACGAGAAGCCCCGGCCCGAGCCCGAGGAGAAGAUGGUGCCGCCGUACCGCCUGGAGAAGGAGGUGCUCACCAACGUCUACGACCUGAAGAAGGACAGCCAGCCCAUCAGCAGCCGGCGAGCUGCCUCGCCCGCUGUCGAGAAGCAGCAGCAGCAGCAGCUGCAGCAGCACGCGGAGGAGAAGCAUCAGCAUCAGCCUCCGCCCGCCGCCGCCAAGCCGGAGAGGGCCAUCAGCACCCAGACGGAGGACGCGCCCAAGGAGGGCGGCGGCUGGGACACGGGCACCAAGAGCAGCCAGUUCGCCAGGGACGAGGCGGAGGCCCGCGACUCCCAGGCCCCCCGCCGCAACAACUGGAUCUUCAUCGACGAGGAGCAGGCCUUCGCCGGGGCCAGGGGGACGGGUCGAGGGCGUGGCCGAGGAUUUCGGGAGUUUAACUCGAGCGGAGGUGGACGAGGAGGAGUGGGCGGAGACAGGGAGAGAGGAGGCGGGGAAAGAGGAGGAGGAGGAGGAGGAGGAGGAGGCCGGGGGGCUAAAGGGGGAGAGAACCUUCGCGGUGGCUACGGGAAGAACAACGGCAGCAACAGCGUUAGCAGCAGCAUCAGCGGCGGCGGUGCCGGGGGUCGUGGCGUGAGCCGCGGCAGGGGCCCGCCCAGAGACUUUGUCCAAGUGGAGGACAUCCAAAGGGGCAAGCCCCGCCGACGCAACGUCAGCGAGACCCUGAGCGAGACCUCGGAGUACGAAGAGCUGCCCAAGCGCCGUCGCCAGAAGGGGUCCGAGAACGGCGAGGGGUACGUGGAGCCCGCCGAGGGGGUCCGCAAGGCGGACCGGGACUCCUGGAGGUCCAACAAGACGUACGCCGAGGACCAAGCGGCCAUCGACGACAAGGAGAAGGCCAAGGCCGGCCGCGGGGGCUUCGUGAGCCGCACGCUGCCCCCCAGGAUGAACGCCGCCCCCGCACCCACCGGCGGAAGCAGCAGCGGAGGAGGAGGAGGAGGAGGAGGAGGAGGAGGAGGUGGUGGUGGUGGAUACAGCAGAGGCUUUGGGGGCCCCAGGGACAUCUCCACCUGGAGGGGCCGCGGUGCCCAGUACACCGGCGCCGGGGGCCCCAUGCAGGAGAACGGCUACGGCCCCGCCGCCGACGCGGCCUACCCGCGCCGGCAGGCCCCAGCCGCGGAGCGCGAGGCCCUCAAAUACCCGCCCAAGUUCUCGGGCCCGUUCGCCGAGAAUGGCGGCGAGGAGCGCGACGGCGAGUACUACCCGGACGGCGAGGGCGCCGACCGGCAGGCGCUGAGGCGGCGCCGGCCGCCACGCCAGGACAAGCCCCCGCGCUUCCGCCGCCUGCGGCAGGAGAACGAGCUCGGCUCGGGCCAGUGGAACAGCGAGCAGUACGCCAACGGUGGCGGCGGCGGCGGCGAGGGGGGCUUCGCCAACCCCUGGCCCAACCGCCCCAAGGCGGCCGGCGAGGAGGGCUGGCCCGCCGCGCACUACCCCGCGCAGCACGGGAGCCAGGCCGAGGACUGGGAGUCGGGCUCGGAGAACAGCGACUUCGGGGACUGGAGGGAGAAGCGGGGAGGAGGGGGAGGGGGCGGGCUCCAGCAGGGGCACGGCGACGGCCCCUCGGAGCACGGCGACGCCGGGGAGAAGCGGGAGAUGUCCAAGAGGAGCUUCUCCAGCCAGCGGCCCCUGGUGGAGCGGCAGAACCGCAAGGGGGAGCCGGCGCUGCUGGAGGGCGGCAAGGCGCCGUCGGGCAGGGCCGACAGCUGGCAGAACGGCGGGGCUCCGUGUAAGAGCAGGAGCCCCGAGGCCUACGUGGAUCAGCCCGACGAUAGAGAGCCCAGCGACCCCUCCGGGAAGAAGCUAGACAAGGAGCUCAAGCAGGGCUCGGGGAAAUCCGACAUGGUGGAGCCGCUGUCCCAGUACGACCUCAACAGCUACCCGAUUGAGAGUGAAGGCCAGGGCUCGGACUCGUACCAGGACGCCCUGUCUAAGAAGCAGCGACGCCCCCAGGACGACGACCGCAGGAGGAAGGAGCAGGCCGCCGUUCCACUCAAGAGCCGACCGCUGGCCUCCAAGAUGCCCCCCCGCUUCGCCAAGAAGCAGGGGGGCAUGGGCAUGGAGCAGCAGGAGGACUCUCUAUCGUCCAACAACCUCGGCACGGAGAUCUGGGAGACCAACAAUUCAGCUCUGUCAGUGCAGUCUUCAGGAGGAGACUCCUGGACCAAACAAGUGUCCUACACGGGCAGCGAGCCCAACUCUGAGACAGUGGUAGUAGCGCCGUGUAGAGCGCCUCUGUGUGAUGAACGGCCCUCUAAACGGACUCCCGUGUGGCCUGGUGCCCUCCAGGACUCGGACGCCGGGCCGGAGCAGAGCAAGGAGCAGCACAAGCCCGGCCCCAUCGGCAACGAGCGCUCCCUGAAGCACCGCGGCAAGGGCCCCGAGGCGUCGGAGCGGCUGGAGGGCGUGGGCGGGCCCAUCAGCGCGCCCGUCAACGGCGUGGACCUCCACGGCGACCCGGGGCUGCCCGGCCCGCCCAUCGAGUUCGGCGUGAGCGCCAAGGACUCUGACUUCAACCUGCCGCCGUGCUCGGCCGCCGUGGCCGUGUCCAGCCCCGUCGCCAAGCUGCAGGACCCGCUCAACACCAACCCGGCUCUGAACCAGAGCAUACCCAUGCUGCGCUCCAACCACCUGCAGCCAGGCAUGAACCUCAACACCAUGUCCUUCCCCAGCGCCGACCUCACACUCAAGAUGGAGUCGGCCCGCAAGGCGUGGGAGAACUCCCAGUCGCUCCCGGAGCAGGGCUCCCCUGUGGGGGGCGUGUCGGGCUCCCAGCCCCCCUGCUCCUCCAGCGUCAGCUACAGCUCCUUCGGGGGCGUCUCCAUGCCCCCCAUGCCGGUGGCCUCCGUGGCUCCCUCCAUGUCCCUGCAGGGUAACCACAUCCCCCCUCUGUACCUGGACGGUCAUGGGUUCCCCAGCCAGCCGCGCCUGCUACCCCCUUCCAUGGCCCAGCAGCAGAGCUACCAGCAGGUACAGCCCCGCCCUACACACGUCCUACAUCAGGGCUACAAGCAGGCCCAGCAGGCCCAGCAGAUCCCCAUCUCCCUGCACAACUCCCUGCAGGCCCAGGCCCAGCUGGGGCUCCGUGGGGGCCUCCCGGUCUCCCAGUCCCAGGAGAUGUUCAACUCUAUCCCCCCGUUCAGGUCCCAGGUGUACAUGCACCCCAACCUCUCCCAGCCCAGCCCCCUGGUGCUGUCCGGGGGCGGCCAGCUCAAGGGCCCCUACUCCCCGUUCCCCGGCAUGCAGCCCUCGGACAUGGUCAAGUCCCAGUCGGGCUCCCACUACCAGCCCAUGAACGGCAGCCAGCCCAUGGUCUACGACAACCAGAUGAACCAGGGCCCCGGCAUGGGCUCCUCCCAGCUCAUGGACUCCCAGCUCAUCCAGGUGGCCAUGCCCCUGCCGGGCUCCCAGCUGCGCUACGGCUCGGCCCAGCAGCACCUCAUCCUGCCCCAGUCCAUCCAGCUGCAGCAGGGCCAGAACCUGUCUGUGGGCGCCCCGCGCCGCAUGAUGCCCCCCGGCUCCCAGCAGAGAGAGCCCUCCCAGAUGGAGAUGAAGGGCUUCCAGUACGCCGACAAGCCCAGCCACUCCCCGGGCCUGCCUGGAGGGUCCUACAGGUGGGCAAGGUGUUUAUUUUCUCUCCCGUCUCUUCCCAGGCCGGGGUCUGCCAGCCCCAGUGGGAAGCCGUCGGGCCCCGGGGGCCAGCUGCCUCCACACUACACCCAACAGGUGGCCCCUCCCCAGGGCAGCAUGGUGAUGCACAUGCGGCCCCCCACCACCGGCCCCUUCCCCACCCCCAUCCAGCGGCCCGUCAUGCAGGUCAACAAGCCUGUGAUGGUCCGCUCCCCCCCGUACCCCAACUCCGGCCGCGAGCCCCCCCACCCCACCGCGUCCUCGGCCCCCGAGCCCCAGAUGAAGGGGCCCGAGGACUGCGUGAAGGUGAGCCACCCCAUGUAAA